AUGGCUUAGUAGAAAGAAAAGAAUAAAAUUAAGAUUAAUCAUAAAUAAAGGUAAGGUGAUUGGAUUUGUAGUAAUUGCAAUAAUAUGAAUUUUGCAUUUAGAGACUCUUGCAAUCGAUGUCAUAAUAUAAAGAAUAUCAAACAUAAAGAGAAUAAUGGAUUCAAAUCUGCCCUUUUUUUAACUGAGAGUAAUGGAGAUAUACCUCCUAUUUCAGAUAGAUCAAAUAAAUCAUCAGGAGAAAGGAAUAAUAUUGGAAAUAAUAAAUUUUCAUUUGAUAAAUUACCUUCUAUAGAACCAAUUUUAAAAUAGAUGACUAAAGAAAUAUGUAUAAUAAUCUAUUAAAAUAUGAAGAACCAAAAUAUGAUUACUUUGAGUUUGAAUGGCAAUGUAAAUAAUGCUUAUAGAUUAAUUAAUACUAUAAAAUAAAUUGUAUUUAAUGUGGAGUUUAAAGUCUUAGAAAGUCUACAAUUUGAUCUAUAACUAUUUUGA